AUGUCUGAAUUUUCCUCGAUCAAGCCUGCCUUUACGGUCUGGGUCACUAUUGACGCACCAUUACCGGUGGGCAGCGCAUCACGAACCAAUAACCUGAUGGUUGUGUCCAUGUCGGACGGCAUACUGAGAAGCGAUCCGGCAUUCGAACCCGCCAUUGAUGCAGAAUUCAUCGGUGUUGGUAACGAUUAUAUCCAUGCCGAUCCGGAUGCCCAGCACCUGCGCUUGAAUGCUCAUGGUGUUGUCAAGUAA